CAGCAUUGAAUCGUAGAAGCUCUUCAGAUACAGACACAAGCGCUCUCGAGCCGAAAAUCUCGCAAUGCCGACAAUAGUGCGAGCAUCAAUCAUCACACGAACGUGGGAAUAUAUAGACCAGUUCUCGGCCAAGAAUCGGGGCUUCAGACAGAUAAGGGAGUCACAGAACGAGCGCAUAGGAUACUCAGACUCUACAGAGAUGAACGAUCUAUCACUUCACUUAAACGCCCUUCCGGAACAAUCUCUGAGCCCAAAAAGAGGAAUUCAGAGACAAGGAUGGAGAUCCGGUGCAUUGAUAUGUGCCUGUUCCAUUAUCUCUGUAUUUCUAAUUAACUUGGGCAUCACGAUAUGGGCUACUAGUCGUCGGAACUCGGAUGGACAGUUAGUGUUCGAUGUCGACUGUCGAAAUGACUCAAAAAUAAAUACUGGACUCCACUUGGUCAUUAAUCUGCUGAGUUCGGUUAUGUUGGGUGCUAGCAACUAUUGCAUGCAAUGUCUGUCUGCACCAACAAGGAAAGAGGUUGAUCAUGCUCAUGCCAGAGGAACGUGGCUAGACAUCGGCGUUCCAAGUUUUCGUAAUCUGCGAUACAUCAACAAGCGCAGAGUAAUCAUAUGGGCACUGCUAGGAAUAUCUUCAUUGCCCCUUCACUUGUUCUUCAAUUCCGUCGUCUUCUCCUCGGUUCGCUCGAACGGCUAUAUGGCCUAUGUGGUCAGUCCAUCGCUUUUUGACGAUGGUUGUCGCCAAUGCGACUUUUUAGAGUCUUGUCAUUCUCCCAAGGACUCUAAAUGCCCCUAUGGUUCACCUUUGCUCCUAAGUCUGCGCAAAAAGGUCCAAGCAAUAGGGAUCGGCACCCGCAUGAAUACCACAGAAGUAACUUCUGAGCCGUCCAAAACCCAUGAAAACGCCAACAUCGAACUACUACAGAAUCGCGAUUGUAUCUCAGAGUAUUCUAGAAGUAUCCAGUCCUUCCGCGGAAAUCUCCUCCUAGUUACGGACGGCGAAUAUAUGGGUACUCGACUGGGCAAUAGAACGGACUACCAUGUCUGGUUCCGCACCGAGCCCGUUGGCAGACCAAGCCCAAACGAGUGGGUUUGCGAUAAUCGCUCAGACUCAGAUAUUUGUGCGCCUAUGAGAGACAAACUUCUUGAAGAAGCCGACUCAUGGACUGUGCAGGGCUAUAAGAUCAAUUACUGUCUCAGUGAACGAUCCAUAUCCUCGUGUAGGAUUCACGUUCUCUACCAAAUUGGCUGGCUUAUCACUGCUUUGAAUUUACUCAAAGCAACUCUCAUUCUUGUCACUGUUUUCAUGGUCAAGGAGGACCCGCUCAUGACGAUGGGAGAUGCUGUUGCUUCCUUCAUGAAAAUGGAAGAUCCUACAACUUUGAACAUGUCCUUUAUAUCUACGCGGGAACUAAAGCAACAUGUUCCGUUCACAUCGGGAAUGCAAAGAGAGUGGAGAAAAACGAAGUUCCGGUGGAAGGACAGCAUUAGCAAAACCCGUCGCAUUGUAACGCUCUUCCUAUUCAUCUGUGCGAUCGCAGCCGUAUCGACUUUACUAGGCUUCGGCAUUGGUGAACUCAAAACUAUGGGAGCACCAAUAUCGCUUUCUGCGCUGGCAAAAAUUGGCUUUGGAACAGCUGACUCGAGUACUUUCAUGUAUGGGAAAGUCCGGGGCACUCUGACCAACGUAGUCAUGGCAAAUUCGGCACAACUCAUCCUAUCAGCGCUAUACUUCUCCUACAAUGGUUUAUUCACAUUCAUGCUGCUUGGCCGCGAAUGGUCGCAGUUCGCGCAUGAAAGAAAGGGCUUGCGCCUGUCUCAUGCCAAAUCCAACGCACAGCGUUCAACAUACUUUCUUCAGCUCCCCUAUCGAUACUCUCUGCCACUCAUGGCUAUGUCCGUGAUAUUGCAUUGGCUAGUUUCUCAGUCGAUCUUCCUCGUUGCCGUCGACGAGUAUCAAUUCGAUCUACGUGAUGCCAAUGGAAAUUUGUAUGAUGUAAAGCAUUUCGAUAGCGCACAGGCUGCCUUUAAAGGUGUAUAUACGACUUGUGGCUAUUCACCAAUAGCAAUCAUUGCUACCCUUUUCCUAGGAUGUUUCAUGGUAAUUUUAGGAGUUGGAGCCGGAUUCAUACCAUACAAACCAGGUAUGGUCACUGUUGGGAGUUGCAGUGCAGCUAUGAGCGCAGCAUGCCAUGCAGAAGAGUUCGAUGGAAUCAAAGGCAGCAGAGCGGCGACAAUGGAGGUGAAGUGGGGUGUAGUAGGGGAGAACGCCGAAGGAGUGAGUAGGUGUGCGUUUUCAGCUGGCCCAGUCACAUUUCCAGAGGAGAGAAAGUUGUACAUGUAG